UGAAAACAACCUAAAUGGCGGACGACUUGUGAGGGAAAAGAUAAUUCCAAAUCAUGGCAGACCAAGAGGCUCCCCCUCCCACAGACAACCCAGAAGAGGGUGGAGCACCAGCAGAACCUACACAAGAACAAACUCCGCAAGAGGAUGCUCCGACUGAUGCACCUCCAGCUGAGACACAAUCUGAAGAAAAGCCAACAGAGCAAACUACAGAGCAAACAGGAGAGACUACAACAGCACCUACAGAAACUGAGGCAGAGAAGACAGAAGUUACGGAAGAAAAAAAGGAUGAAGAAAAUCCAACAACAGAAGGACAAGAAAAGGAGGGUGAGAGUGCUGAGGCUCCAGUAGAGGGUGAGGCUACACAGGAAGCAGAGCAAAAGGAAGGAGAAGCAGCUGAGGCGCCAUCAGAAGGCAUUGUUCCGGCAGAGGGCGAGGCUCCUGCUGGUGAAGAAGUGCCUUCGGGGGAAACUCAACAAGAAGCCACAGAAUCUGCUCCAGAACCUACCCCUGCAGAAGAAGCUGCAGCACCUGAACAAGAACCUCAAUCUACCCAGCAGGAAGAAGCCCCAGCCCCAACUCAGCAAGAAGUAGAAGCACCAGCGCAACAGACAACAGAGAAUUUUGCAAGCCAGAAAGAUGAUCCCAAUUCACCAAGGCCAGAACCAGAACCAGCAUCAUCAAAACCAGUACAGGAUACAACUCUUAGGACCACUGCUAACUUACAAGCUACAGCAACAGUGAAGUUUGUGUUGAUGCCCAGUGGCCAGGUUGUAACACUUGCUUGCACACUGGGACAGACCCUUGCCCAACUCAAGGCACACUUUGCUGCAGAAUUGAAGAUGCCCAUCAACCUGAUCAUGCUCAUGUUUGCAGGUAACAAUAUGGAGGAGACUAAGACACUGGCUGAUCUGGGUGUGGGACCCAACGGAACAAUUCAGCUCGAGAUGCAGUCAUCUGAUCCCGUCAACACACCUAUCAAAUCAUAUCGACCUCGUCAGGAGUACCACAUGCCAGAUGUUAUCACAGUCAGAGUACAGACAGACGAUGAAACAUCAAAAGAUGUCGUGGUUGAGAUCGAGAGAACCACAAGAAAGAAGCCAUACUUAGGUGGUUACAGACACAAGAAAACAGGUGUGGAGUUCCAUCAUGCAUCAGCUCAGACUGUGAGAAAACAACCUGCUCCGUCCACCUUGCUCAAGUACUGUCGUGACACACAGACGGUAGAGCAGCGUCACAAUCUCCAACAGACCAAAAAUGACACUUCCACACAGAUGACAAAAAUUGGUGUCUAUGUAGCUAACCUCACUGAUAAGUUGGUUAAGCCAGGCAAAUAUACAACAGCGGAAGAACACCUUGAUAUGAUGCUUUGCCAGGUCAUCAUCAUACAAAAAUACUACCGUCGCUGGCUCGCCAAACGUUAUGUCCAAAAACUGAAGAUGGACAAACAACAGAGGAUGGAAUGGGAGAGACAGGAAGAAAUAAGGAAACGGAGAGAAAAAGAAGAAAGAAUCAAGAGAGAAUUUGAGAGGAGAAUGAAUCCAAAGACAAAGGAAGAUUUUGACCUGUUAUAUCACGCAUUAGAAAAAUGGCGUCAGGAGGAGCUAGAGAGGAUUAAUCAUACGAUGGAAGAUGCAGAACGUAAGGCAGCACUUUGUAUGUUGUUGGAUCAAGAGACACAACUUAUAUCUGCCAUUGGUAGGCACAAACUGGAGGCAGACGUUGAAAAUAAAGAGAAGAGGAUACAACAGUUUCUCAAGAAGGCUGCCGCCCCUAAGAAAUGGAAGGGAUUUGACGGUAAAGUUACUGAGAUGGAUACCCCCUACACAAUUAGGGCCAAGGAACUCCAGGAUAUCUACAACAGUAUCAACAUGAAAUACUUAACACAGGAUGAACGUCUAGAUGUGCUCCUCACUCUCAAACACACAGUCAAGGAGCAUGACUGUAAACUUACCCAAGAGGUAAUUGAGCUGAUUGACAGAGAGGCAGACCUCCUGAUGAGAGGUGUGAAGGAAUCCAAUCUGGAUGGACUGCGUAAGCGCAUCUCCACCCUCUUCCUUCAGUACAUUAAAACUCCAACCUUCAAUCCAGAGGCAGCCAAAUUACUCAAGGUGCCACAAGAUCCAUCAAGCUUGCGAAAGAACAUCUACUUCUGCCCCAGUUGUAACCAAUAUCUGCCAUCCACAGACUUUGCUCUAUCAUCAAAUUCCCGUACUGUAGGAAAAUGUCGCAAGUGUUCAAAGAUUGAUAACGAUGCUCGCACACGUCAAGACAUCAGUACCUAUCAGUACAUGCUUAAGGUUCUUAGGAAAGCUGAGGAGAUGUACGGAGAUAACUCCAAAAUUGCCUUCCUCCUGCAGGAACAAGAUUUACGUUACCUUGUGGAGAAGAUCUGGAACAGUCAGAGCAUACUGAGUGCUUGGGAGGAUCUUUACGACCUUGUACUGGUCCGCUGGGACAAACACCAAGAGUGGUCUCCCUGGAACUGUAUCCUCCUCACCAAGGACGAGUCAUCUGCACAUGAAAAACUAGUUAAUUUAGAAGAGGGUUACGGUUCUGUAUUCAUACACAAAGUUCAACAGAAGCAUACCUUGGCCAGGAACUACUUCUCCAGACUUCCAGGAAUGGCUGAACACAUAAGAAUCCGUGCCAAUGAAAAAUCCAUGCCCUCAGGACCGACGAUAGCAGGCCAACAACUUCCCGUUCAACAGCGGGCAUAACCGAUAGCAACUCUAAUUGGAUACUAUAUUUAAUAACAUCUUACUUCAUCUAUGUCCUGUUUUUCAAAUCAUGUUAAAAUGUACACAAAAAAUUAAGAAUGGGUUGUCGUGGAAAUAAUUGAAAAUCAGUUAACAUUUAGUUCUUGUACCAUUUCGAGUAUUGCAAAGUGUCCAAGCUGCCACAGUGAAAUAUAAAAAAAGGAAUACUUGAUUUGAUAUUUUUUGUUUUUCGACAUUCUGUAUACAAAACAAAAUGUAAAAGAUCAAGAUGUCUGUGAUGUUUGCAUCUUAAUUUCCUGUAAAAGACUGGAGGACC